AUGAGAUCCUCCAAACUGCAAUUUAUUUUGACAUUUUUGGUGGUGUUCCUAUUAAAUGGGGUGUCAGCAUCUGUCAAAACUGAUCUCUUUACCCCCAGAAGUUCUGCUCUGAAAAUCACACAGGCAUGUACACAAUCAUUGGCAUCGGUAGCAACAUUCUGCACCGCGAAAAAGGCUGCGACAUGUUUCUGUAAGAACGUUGAUUAUGCGGGGUCAUACUUUUACUGCGUCUUCCAACACAUAGAAGAUGACUCGACUAAAAAAGAGUUCAUGAACACUGUGAAUCAGACAUGCAAUGGUUACAGUGAAAAGAAGAUCCUUGCCGUAUACGAAAACGCUACGUCUCAUUUGGUAAAGGUAAGUGACGUCCCACACUUUAACAAAUCGGUUCCAAUCUCGUUCCCUGUGUAUUACAGUGAAAAGUUCUAUAAUAAUUACUACGAUACCAUGGAAAACUUUUAUAAUAGUUACCAUCACUCAUUUUAUUACGGGGCAGUUCUAUCAGCAUAUUUCCCAGUUAUAUUUUUCUUUGGUGGUCUUAUCCAUUGGUUGAAAGUGUUCUUCCCACAGAAAACUAACUCAGUUAGAAGAGCUAUGAAAAAGGUAUGGAUUGUUAGAGUGUUCGAAAAGCAUGUUACCAUUCCCUCUCUGUUUAACGGAACGCAUGCUGCUCCUGAGCCAGUAACUGGUGGACACUAUCCGACAAGGUUGCAGUCAAUAUUUAUAACGGCAUGGUGGUGCUUGACAUUUAUCUUCCUUUGUACGAAUUAUCGUUCACAUAUUGCAGGCAGUAAAACCUAUCCCUCAAAGUCAAUAUACUUGAGUCGUCUUAUCGCUGAUAGAGCAGGUAUCAUGGGAGUUCAUUUGAUGGUUAUAACAUUCUUCUUGUCUGGCCGUAAUAACAUAUUUUUAUGGUGGACUGGCUGGAAGCAAUCUACUUUCUAUGCAUACCAUAAAGCUGUUGCCCGUGCUACUGUCUUAGUUGUCUGUGUGCAUGCAAUUGGGUACGUAAUUAGAUCUUCAUUGCUUAAGCACUACCACCGUAAUCUUAUGAAAGGAUACUGGAUAUGUGGUGCUUUUGCAUUGGUUGCUGCCAGUACGAUGGUGAUACAGGGUCUCGGGAGAUUAAGAAAACUUAACUACGAAAUUUUCUAUAUCCUCCACGUCUUUUUGGCUCUAUUGGUUUUAAUCAUGACAGCAUUUCACUUGAAGAAAGAAGAAUACACGUUAUUCUCCUAUAUUAUGGGUGCGUUCUGGGCAUUUGAUAGAUUUGCAAGAAUCGUCAGAAUUCUCUAUUUCGGUGUGAGAACCGCAAAAGUGACUGUUAUUCAUGAUGAAGUCCUUAUGAUCUCGAUUCCUAGACACAAAUACUGGCCAGUUUAUCCUGGUGCAUUCGGGUAUAUUUAUUUCAUGAAGCCAACUAUUUUUUGGCAAUCACAUCCAUUUUCGAUCAUUCCUAGUGAAGAUGGGAAGCAUAUAAACUUCUACAUCAAGGUGAAGAAGGGUGCUACGAAAACAAUUUUGAAGCACGUCCAAAAACAAAAAUCACAAACUGCUGAAAUUAAGGUAAUGUUCGAAGGACCAUAUGGGAGUGAAAAACCAUUAGACCAUUACAGAGACAUAUUGUUCUACAGCAGUGGGAAUGGUAUUCCAGGAGUGUAUCCAUAUGUGAUGAAUUUAUUGAAGGAUCCAGAGAAUCGUGACAAGAGUAUCACACUGUAUUGGAUCAUUCAGCACAUUGAGUCUGUUGAGUGGUUUAUGGACGAGUUGGCAGCGUUGCAAAACUACUCCAACGUUGAAACGGUCGUAUACGUCACAAGGCAUCCGGGACAACCAGUUUUCGAAGUCUUCGAUAAGGAAAAGGCAGACAAAGAAGAAAGCACCGUGGAUGAAAUGACAAACUCGAUCGAUGGAUCUGAAGAGUAUAUUAAAGUGUUGCCAAACGUUGAGUUUAGGUACGAAAAGCCAAAUAUUGAGGAAUUGGUGAGAUCCGACGUUUCAGAUCUGGGAUCCACAGACGUUGCCGUUGUCAGUUGUGGUCACAAUGCAAUUUGCGACACCAUUAGAAGAACAGUCGCGGAUAUCUCUGGAACAAGAACUUCUGGUACACUUGAUUAUAUUGAAGAACUUCAAGCGUGGUAG